UUAAGAAACUUCCUUGAAAUUUUCCACUCACAAUAGUUACAUCAAAAAAUCCCCAAUGCAAUAUCUAUAUAGCAUCUCCAGCUGCCGCCGUACGUGCACCAUCAAAAGAAUAUAUAUACAACACAACUGUACCAUCAAAGCCUAAACUACAAGCCUGUCUGUGGUAUAUAUAUAUCACCAGUUGAGCACAGGAGUUGGUAACAUGGAGGGCUGCACAGCCGCUGAAUACCAAGACUUGUUGCCAGUGAUGGCGGAGAAGCUAGACGUGGACGCCUUCGUGGCCGAGCUGUGUGGAGGGUUCCGCCUGCUGGCCGACAGGGACACCGGGUUGAUUACCACCAAGAGUCUUCAGAGGAACUCUGCCCUCUUGGGAAUGGAAGGGAUGAGCAAAGAGGAUGCGGAAGCCAUGGUGAAGGAGGGAGACCUCGAUGGCGAUGGGGCUUUGAAUCAAACAGAGUUUUGCAUUCUCAUGGUGAGACUUAGCCCAGAGAUGAUGGAAGAUGCAGAGACCUGGCUUGAUAAGGCACUCCAAACAGAAAUGCCUCAGCCUUCCCAGUAACCUCAUCUCAGACUUUUAGUGUGUUUUCAUGUUAUAAUUUCCUUCAUUUGCACAAUUUGUAUUGCUUUGCUUCUUCCCUCAGAGUGGUUGUUGCAGCAGCAUAUAUA